AUGCACUUUGCUUCUGUAUUCAUUCGUGUUUUGAGCUUGCUGACUGUGGGAGCGCUUGCUGGAUUGGUGAACUUCCUUCCAGUACUGCCAUUUGAUAACAAACCCGUUCCGGGAGGAUCUCCUUUCUACCAAUGCGACGUGAGCGAGAAACAAUACUUGGAGAUCUCGACUGUCGAUUUAGCUCCUAAUCCGCCGGUUCGUGGUAAGAACUUGACCAUUUCUGCGGUCGGUAAGUUGCACGAGACCAUUCAGCAAGGAGCCUACGUGGACGUGGAGGUUCGUCUGGGUUAUAUCAAGUUGCUGACGCAGACUUACGAUCUCUGCGAGACUUUGGAGGAGAAUAAUGUCGAUGGCCUAACUUGCCCACUUACCGCUGGUCUGUACAAUGUGGUCAAGGAAGUCGAGAUUCCAGCUGAAGUGCCACCGGGCAAGUACGUUGUGCUAGCCAGGGCGUACAACGUUGAUGAUGAACUCAUCACCUGUCUGACCGGCGAAAUUGUGUUCCCAGCUGUCGACAGAGGGAUCCGCAGGAAGGUUCUUGACAAGCUACACUGGUGA